AGAUCUGUCUCAGGAGCUGUAGGAGUGCACCCUCUUGGUUUUAGAGCCACGAUGGCCUCUUACACCGCCUACAGCGGCUAUAGCCAACCCCCCAUGUCUUACAUGCCGGGGACUUACUACCCAGAGAAGCCGGACCAGGCAUAUACAGACUACCAAGACUCCGUGGCUGAGGAAAAAAAGAAACUUGAAAAGAGGAAAAGUCGGAAUGCCAUCUGCUGUGAGGUUGUGGCCCUCGUCAUCGGCUUCAUCGGACUGAUCGGAGUCGCGGCCGUGACCGGCUUGCCCAUGUGGAAAGUAACAGCCUUCAUCGAGGAGAACAUCAUCGUGAUGGAGACUCGCUGGGAGGGCUUGUGGAUGAACUGCUACAGACAAGCCAACAUCAGGAUGCAGUGCAAGGUGUACGACUCCCUGCUGUUUCUGCCCCCGGAUCUGCAGGCCGCCAGGGGUCUGAUGUGCAGCUCCGUGGCUGUGACCACAUUUGCCCUCAUCGUCUCGGCAGUGGGGAUGAAAUGCACUAAAGUGGUGGACCAUCGUGCUCGGACGAAGCACAUCGUGCUCGUGGCCGGAGGCUGUCUCUUCCUCUUGGGUUGCGUGACGACUCUGAUCCCCGUGUCCUGGACCGGACACGUCAUCAUCACAGAUUUCUACAACCCCCUGCUGAUCGACGCCCAGCGCAGGGAGCUCGGGGAGGCUCUCUACAUCGGCUGGGUGACCUCUGCCCUGCUUUUCUCUGCUGGGGUGAUCCUGCUGUGCCGUCACGCUCCGCGUGCCCAGGAAGCGGAGCAGAGGGUCGUGUACAACCCCGGGGGAAGCCUCUACCAGCCCGCUUACACGUACCAGCCAUACUCGUACCAGCCAGGAUACCAACCUGCGUACUCCGCACCCCCACCAGCAUCGGUAGUGUACACACCGAGUCAAUACUAGGCAACUUUGGGACUUGCUAACAUUUGGCUCAUUUUAACAAUUGGACUUAAAUGACUCUGACCUACAGGCCAUCACUGAAACUGGCUCCAGGCUUCCCAGCUUUCUCCAAGUGGGCCUUGUGAAUAAAAGAUGUUCAAAGUAAUUUUGCACUGUGUUUCGAUCAUGAUAAAUUGUGUUGACCUGUUGUAAGCUUCUUUUAAUAUGCUUGAAUAAGUUUAGUCUAAAAAUACAACUUGUAUAUGUUUGUAUCCCUGACUUGGCAGGUUCUGCUCCCACACUUUACAGAUAACAUAAAUGACUGUGACAAAACUUGAGAAAUUUUAAGAUUGUGUUGUAAAUAUAAAUAAUUCUGGAAAAUGAAUUUCUGAAAUGAAAUUCUGGAAAUGUUGACCUAUAUAUA